CGCCCUGCUGCCGCCGUCGCCGCCGCUGCCCGGUGCGGUCCCGGUCCCGCGGCUCCCUUCGCCCUCCGCGUCAAUGCGGCGCCGCCGCCCCGCGGCCUGCCCCGGCCAUGGACACCAGCGACCUGUUCACCAGCUGCAAGAAGGGGGACGUGAGCCGCGUGCGAUACCUCCUCGAACAGCGAGAUGUGGAGAUCAACGUCCGUGAUAAAUGGGACAGCACCCCUCUGUAUUACGCUUGCCUCUGUGGACAUGAGGAGCUUGUACGCUAUCUUCUGGCCAAUGGAGCGAAAUGUGAAGCCAACACCUUUGAUGGGGAGCGUUGCCUCUAUGGAGCUUUGAGUGAUGCCAUCCGCCGCCUGCUGAAGGAGUACAAACAGAUCACAGCAAAGUGCAUGAAGAGGGACUACUAUGAUGUCUUCCUGCAGCGGCUGCUGGAGCAGGGUUACCAGAGCGACAUCGUUUUCAUUGUUCAUGGCAAAUCCUUCUGCGCCCACCGCUGCAUCCUCAGCGCUCGCAGCGCCUACUUUGCAGAGAUGUUUGAGACCAAAUGGAAGGGGAAGAGCAUGAUAGUGUUGAAGCAUCCACUGAUUAAUCCAGCAGCCUUUGGCUCUCUUCUGCAGUACCUAUACACAGGGCGUCUUGACAUCGAUGUAGAGUAUGUAAAUGACUGCAAGAGGUUAGCUAAGCAGUGCCGGCUGCAGGACCUCAUAGAUGAUUUGGAGACCAAAUGCAAAAAAGUCUAUGAAUUUGUCUCUUCCAAGCCAGGGACCUGUGUGAAAGUGCUGACGAUUGAGCCCACAGGUAACUGCCGGCUGCAGGAAGAUCUGGCUCUUCUAGCAGACUGCGCCCUGCCAGCCAAACUGCGGGUUGGUUUUGGGGAGCUGCCAUUCGACAGCACUGACAACUUCGACAGUUGUCCCGACGUGUGCUUCCGGGUGGCAGAUUACAACUUCUUGUGCCAUAAGGCAUUUUUCUGUGGUCGCAGUGAUUAUUUCAAAGCCCUUCUUGAAGAUCAUUUCAGUGAGAGUGAGGAGCUGCAGACACAGCCCAGCAUCCCUGUGGUGACUCUGCACAGCAUCUCAGAGGACAUCUUCAUCCGGGUCCUCUACUACAUCUACAGUGAUGAUACAGAGCUGUCCCCGGACAACGCCUAUGAUGUGCUGUGUGUGGCAGACAUGUACCUGCUGCCCGGGCUCAAGCGCCUGUGUGGCAGGACUUUGGCUCAGAUCCUGGAUGAGGACAACGUUGUGAGCAUCUGGAGGAUUGCAAAGCUGUUCCAGCUCACCCGGCUGGAGGACCAGUGCACGGAGUACAUGGCAAAGAUCAUCGAGAAGCUGGUGGAGUCAGAGGAGUUUGUGGCUGCUGUGAAGGAGAAUGCGGAGGCUGUGGAGGAGCGGCAGGAGACGGACUCCAUUCCUCUGGUCGAUGACAUCCGCUUCCACAUCACCAGCAAUGUGCAGACCUACAGUGCCAUCGAGGAAGCCAACCAGAAACUUGAAGCUCUGGAAAACCUCCUGGCCAGUAUAGGGCUUGAGUGCUGAUGUGUGCAAACCCUGCCUGUCACUGUGGCCUGCGGAGGCCCUGCUGGGUUGGCUCAGAGUGUGAGAGCAUCUCUCAGUGUCCCUCUUCCCCCUCUGUGUCCUCCUUCCCAUCCACUUUCAGGCAUGGUUUCUUUUUAAUUUAUUAUACCUGGACAUGUGCAUGUCUGCUUUGUGUUUGGUUUGGGUUUUUGUUUUCCCCUUCAGAAGUAGCUCCAGAAGCUCAACCCGUAUCAGUAGCUGCUCCUACUGAAGGGAGAGCUCCCCUUCUUUCCUUCCUAAAGGGGAAGGAAACACCUUCUUGGGAACAGCACUUCUCCCUUUCUUUUUGUACAUGGUGGUAGAGCAAAACUGCUUCUGCUCAGGGUGGUGGCAUGGAGAGGGCUCUGCAUUUGCUGUGAUUUGUGGAAUGUACUCCAUGUCCAUCCCUGAGCUCAGUGUGGCUUUGACAGGACCACCAAAGAGCCCAGUGCAACUUGAACUGAUAAAGACAUCUCGGUAAACUUGAGGAGGGCAAGGGCUAUUGAAAAUGCUUUUAUGUGAAAUCCCAUGUAUUGUGGUGAAGGCAGGACUGGUUUUGUGCUCAGUGAGUGUCAGGCUCAUGAAAGCCUGCUGCAAAAACCGACAGCUUAACCCAGCUGGUUCAGUUCUCCUGCGUUGCUCCUCCCUAUGUGGCUGAAGAUGACACUGAACAUAAGCAGGAUGUUUAGUUUAUCACAUCCCCUCCACUCCUCCUGCAUAAAUCCCUCAUCAGGCAUCUUAGCAUUGGCUUUGCACAGCAGUGGUGGUGACAGCCCUGCACAAGGCUUGCACACCAGCGGCCAGAAUGUGGCCUUUGCCUUCUACUUGCACUGAAUGAUCUGCAGAAACGGGAUUACCAAGGAAUGUGCUAAUGCUGCUCUCUGCAGAUGCCUCAGCUGCUCAAGCAAAUGGACAUUGGUAGUGGGCAAAGCAGGAGGAAGGCAGCGGUGCUGGGAAGCAUUUUCCAUAUGGCUGCUCCUGAGUAAUCCCAUUCCCAUGUGGAGCACGUGGGAGGAAAGGUCAGGGUGGCCUUUGCUUUGCCUCCCAUAGCACAGCUCCAUGUGUGCUGCAGGCAGGAGCCCCGUCUGCCUGCGUGCACUUAAUGGUCACAUCUGUGAGGCCCCUCACAUUGUCCAAUUACUUGGGAUCCCUUUAACCACCCCCCCAGUCCCUCUUGGCAAAGCAGGGCUACCAAGGCAUGCUCAGCAGAUGGGCAGCAUGCAGGCACACUGUAAUGAAAACGAGCCUGGUCAACCCUCUGAUUUGAAUCCACUUUGUUCUCGCUGCAGAUAACUUGGUCACAAGAUAAAAACCUUCUGAUUUUUCCUUCUCUGGCCGAUGUCCUUUCUGUGUUCUCUUGCCUCUGCCCUUUUAUUCACUGCUUCUCACUUGCUGAAUUAAGAAGAUUGUAAAAUUUACCAGAGCAACAUUAUAUUUAAGGGAAAUGUGUAAGCAUGUGUGCAGCAAUAAAAUAGUCUAUUUCACUAUA